AUGGCCAAAAUAACAGUUAAGAAUCCAAUUGUGGAAAUGGAUGGUGAUGAACAAACAAGAAUCAUUUGGGAAUUGAUUCGUUCAAAAUUAAUUUUACCAUUCUUGAACAUUGAUUUGAAAUAUUAUGAUUUAUCAGUUACUUAUAGAGAUGAAACCAAUGAUCAAGUUACAAUUGAUUCAGCAGAAGCCACAUUGAAAUAUGGUGUUGCUGUUAAAUGUGCCACUAUUACACCUGAUGAAGCUCGUGUUGAAGAAUUCAAAUUGGAAAAAAUGUGGAAAUCACCAAAUGGUACUAUUAGAAACAUUUUGGGUGGUACUGUUUUCAGAGAACCAAUUGUUAUUCCAAAUAUCCCAAGAAUCAUACCACAAUGGGAACAACCUAUCAUUAUUGGGAGACAUGCUUACGGUGAUCAAUAUCGUGCUACAGAUAUAAUUGUUCCAAAAGCCGGUGAAUUAUCUCUAGUUUUCAAGCCUGAAGAUGGUGGUGAAACUCAAGAGUAUCCAGUUUUCCAAUUCCCAGGUGCAGGUGUUGCUCUAUCAAUGUAUAAUACUGAUGCUAGUAUAACUGAUUUCGCAGAAUCAAGUUUUAAACUAGCAUUAGAACGUAAAUUAAAUUUAUACUCAACAACAAAGAACACAAUUUUGAAAAAAUAUGAUGGUCGUUUUAAAGAUAUUUUUGAAGAUUUGUAUGAGAAAAAAUAUCAACAAUUAUUUGAAGAAUCUGGAAUCUGGUAUGAACAUCGUCUUAUUGAUGAUAUGGUUGCACAAAUGCUUAAAUCUCGUGGUGGGUACAUCAUUGCCAUGAAGAAUUAUGAUGGUGAUGUCCAAUCAGAUAUUGUUGCUCAAGGUUUUGGAUCAUUAGGUUUGAUGACUUCAGUGCUAAUGACACCAGAUGGUAAGGCGUUUGAAUCUGAAGCUGCACAUGGUACAGUGACAAGACAUUAUAGACAACAUCAACAAGGUAAAGAAACUUCAACAAAUUCAAUUGCUUCAAUUUUUGCAUGGACAAGAGGAUUAAUUCAAAGAGGGAAAUUGGAUAAUACACCAGAUGUUGUUAAAUUUGGUGAGCUAGUUGAAAAAGCUACAUUGGAUACCGUUCAAGUUGAUGGUAAAAUGACCAAAGAUUUAGCUUUGGCAAGAGGUGAAACUAGUAGAGAUAGUUAUGUCUUGACUGAAGAAUUCAUCCAACUUGUUGCUAAAAGAUUGGAAAGAGAGUUUCAAACAGCUUUCUGA